AUGAAGGUCCUCAUCCGCCUUGGAGCGACUGCUCUGGCGGCGUCUAUGUACCUCCAGCAAUGCUCUGCGCAGUACAUCAACGAGCAGUACACGGACCCCAUCAACAAGAUUACCCUCAGCACCUGGCGACCGGACCCUGGCUCAAACUCCGAGGGAGCGACCGCCUAUGCUUUCGGCUUGGUUUUGCCCCCAGAUGCGCUUACCAAAGAUUCGAACGAGUAUAUCGGUGUCUUGCGCUGUGACGUUGGUGAUACCGCCAACCCCGGAUGGUGCGGUGUCUCCCACGGCCAGUCGGGUCAAAUGACCCAGGCUCUGUUGCUUAUGGCUUGGGCAAACAAGGGUCAAGUUUACACGUCUUUCCGCUAUGCGUCUGGGUAUAAUGUGCCGGGACUUUACACCGGAAACGCCACCCUGACCCAGAUCUCUGCCACUGUCAACUCGACCCAGUUCGAGCUGAUUUACCGCUGCCAAGACUGCCUCGCAUGGAAUCAGGGAGGAAACAGGGGAAGCGUGUCGACCAGCAAUGGUCUCCUAAUCUUGGGUCGCGCUGCUGCCAAGGGCAAUCUCCAGAAUCCGACCUGCCCAGACAAGGCCAUUCCCGGUUUCCACGACAAUGGAUUUGGUCAAUAUGGAGCACCCCUUGAGAAGGUCCCGCAUACCUCCUAUUCAGCUUGGGCUGCCCUGGCCACGAACACGACUACUGCCGACUGCUCUGGAGCAUCCGACCCAGCACCCACUGGAACCGAGCCGCCAGCUGAGCCAACUUCGACAGCCGAGCCCAUUCCCGCUUGCACACCCGCUCCAAGCAAGACAUACGACUACAUCAUCGUUGGUGCCGGCGCUGGUGGUAUCCCCAUUGCGGACAAGCUCAGCGAGGCCGGAAAGAGCGUGCUGUUGAUCGAAAAGGGACCUCCCUCUACCGGAAGAUGGCAGGGUACCUUGAAGCCUGAGUGGCUUCAGGGCACAAACUUGACUCGCUUUGACGUUCCUGGUCUUUGCAACCAGAUCUGGGUUGACUCUGCCGGCAUUGCCUGUACAGAUACCGACCAAAUGGCGGGAUGUGUCCUGGGUGGAGGAACGGCCGUUAAUGCUGGCCUGUGGUGGAAGCCGCAUCCUCAGGAUUGGGACUACAACUUCCCCGAGGGUUGGAAGUCACGAGAUACCGUGCCAGCCACUAACCGUGUGUUCGGUCGCAUUCCCGGAACUUGGCACCCCUCGCAAGACGGCAAGCUGUAUCGACAAGAAGGCUUCAACGUCCUAGCCAGCGGCCUCAGCAAAAGCGGUUGGAAGCAGGUGAUCCCCAACGAGGCAUACAACCAGAAGAACCACACAUUUGGUCACAGCACCUUCAUGUUCUCUAAGGGUGAACGUGGUGGUCCGUUGGCAACAUACCUCGCCUCAGCGGCGGCCCGCAAGCAGUUCACUCUGUUGACCAACGCCGCUGUGAGAAGGGCGGUCCGUAACGGAAGCCGUGUAACCGGUGUUGAGCUUGAAUGCUUGGCUGAUGGUGGUCUCAGCGGAACGAUCAAUGUGACUCCUAACACUGGUCGCGUCAUCUUUGCUGCAGGCACCUUCGGUUCCGCCAAGCUUCUCCUUCGCAGCGGUAUCGGACCUACCGAUCAGCUCGAGGUUGUCAAGGAAUCGACGGAUGGUGCGACAUUCAUUGCUAAGAAUCAAUGGAUCAACCUUCCAGUCGGCUACAACCUCAUGGACCAUCUCAACACGGAUCUGAUUGUCACUCAUCCUGAUGUCGUCUUUUAUGACUUCUACGAGGCUUGGAAUACGCCCAACGAAGGUGACAAGAGCGCCUAUCUUCAGAACAGAUCUGGAAUCCUUGCGCAAGCUGCUCCCAAUAUUGGCCCUUUAAUGUGGGAUGAACUCAAGGGCUCGGACAACAUCGUUCGUACCCUACAAUGGACUGCUCGAGUGGAGGGGAGCGACCAGUAUACCACGUCUAAGAACGCAAUGACUCUUAGCCAGUAUCUCGGAAGAGGAGUUGUUUCCCGUGGUCGGAUGACCAUUUCAACUGGUCUGGAUACUAAUGUGGCCGAGCACCCAUACCUCCACAACGAUGUCGACUUGCAGACCGUUAUUCAAGGCAUCAAGAACCUACAGGCUGCACUGAAUGUCAUCCCUAAUAUUUCCUGGGUCUUGCCUCCCCCAAACACGACCGUGGAAUUCUUUGUCAACAAUAUGAUCGUCUCACCCUCUAACCGUCGCGCAAACCAUUGGAUGGGGACUGCCAAGCUUGGCAAAGAUGAUGGCCGUACUGGUGGUAGCGCUGUCGUUGAUCUGAACACUAAGGUGUACGGUACCGACAACCUCUUUGUUGUUGACGCCUCCAUCUUCCCUGGCAUGACCACCGGGAACCCGUCGGCGAUGAUCGUGAUUGCCUCGGAGCAUGCUGCACAGAAAAUUUUGGCCUUGAAGCCUGUGCCAACUUUGCCUGGCGGCAAGGGCAAGGGGAAGUGGAGAAGAUAA